AUGCGUAGCAGCGACGUCUUCACCGCUACUUCGACGCCCCCCGGCACCCCCGCGACGCAGCAGACAUCACGGCAGAGUGGCCAUGCAUCCGGGUCACAUGGACCAACCGCCGCAGAUAUCCUCGCUGAUGACGAUCGAUUGUCAGCGUCAAGCGCGGAGGAUGCUGCUGAUCACGAGGAGGUGGAGUACUUCCCAGCCGAGGACUCUUCAGACGAGGCCACACCCGCAGCUACCACUGCCACCUCGAUCCUAAAGCGUAGCUCGACCCAGAGCUCCAAUCGAUUCAUCCGGUAUAUCUCCAAGAAGUUCGGGAGAUCUUUCAACAAGAGGGCAGGCUUCCGAGGCAGGGCCUUCUUGCCGAACGACGAGAUUGAGAGGCAGAGAAAUUUACUCCAACAUGAGCUCAUCCUAGACGUGCUGGAUGGGCGGUUGCACCUGAGCCCUGUGCGGCCCAAGAAAGCGUUGGAUAUCGGCUGUGGGCCUGGCGUCUGCAACUUGGCAAGUCGCUACCUUCCGUAUCUUGGCUUUGGGCUUGCUGCUAACUCGCCGUCAUUAGCGCAAAGAUAUCCUGAUGCCCAGGUGCUAGGCAUAGAUGUUGACCCCGUGCGAGCUCCCUAUCAUCUGCCAAACUGUCGGUUUGAAGUCUCUGAUGCCUCCCAGCCGUGGAAUUACGGCGGAACCUUUGACUUCAUCCAUAUGCGCAUGGUAGGUGAACUGCCAAUCGGCAAACAAAAGCUGUUCGACACCAUAUAUGAUCAUUUGAAACCGGGGGGCUGGGUCGAGAUUACAGAAUGGCUUAUCAAGUUCCAAUCCCCGAAUCAUUCCCUUGACAAGUUCAAUGUCUGGAACCAUGCUUUCAAGAAAGGCCUGCGGACCUUCGGGACGACACCGAUGUAUCAGCUAGCCUGGAAGCCCAUCAUGGAAGCCAAGGGUUGCAACAACGUCACAGAGAGGAAGUAUCCCGUGCCCAUAAAUCCGUGGCCACCAGGGAAGCGGCUGCAGAAGCAGGGCUCCAUGAUGGCUGAGAAUGUGCAAACCUUCCUUGAGGGGGCGACGCUACCAGUGUUCACUGGUGCGCUUGGCUGGCCAGAGAACCAAGUCCGGGAGCUUCUCGCUGGACUGAAGAGAGAAGUUGCCGAUGAGAAAAAUGACGGUCUACUGCCAGAAACCUCGGGAGGGUUCGUCCAUCUCGUCGUCAGCUCGCACCGUCUCGUCUAUGGUGAAGGGGGAAAGGCCAUCAACUUCUACACUGUCUGUCUCGACCCAGAAUACGGGCAAGGCUAA